UGGACACGACUUAGUGACUAAACAACAAUAUAAAGAAAUUUAUUUUAAGAAAAUGGCUCAUGUAAUUGUGUGUGUGUGCAUGAGCCCCACUGUGUCUGACUCUUUGUGAUCCCAUGGACUGUAGUGUGAAUUGUGGGGGCUGGCAAAUCCAAAAUCUGUAGGACCAGUCAGCAGGUUGGAGAGUCAGGCAGGAACGGAUGCUGCAGUCUGAAGGCAGAACUUCUCUGGAAAACCUCGGUUUUUACUCGCAGGGCCUUCAACUGGUUGGACGAGGCCCACUCAUGUUAACAAAGUCAUCUCCUUUACUUAAAGUCAGUACCUCCACAGCAGCACCUAGAUUAGUGACUGAUUAAGUCACCGGGCGCUAUAGUCCAGCAGUCCCCAGCUUUUUUGGGUACCAGUUUUGUGGAAGACAAAUUUUCUACGGACAGGGUGGGAGGUGGUUUCUGGAUGAUUAGAGUGCAUUACAUUUAUUGUGCACUUUAUUUCUAUGUAGUGGCAAUCUCAGGAUAUUCCGUCUUGAUUUUAGGGUGAGGGUUCAUGCUCCUAUGAGAAUCUAACGCUGCCACUGCUGAUCCGAGAGAAGCUGGAGAUCAGGCAGUAAUGCAGGUGACAGAGGGCGGCCGUAAACACAGAUGGAGCCUCAGUUGCUCACCUGCCGCUCAUCUCCUCCUGUGCAGCCUGGUUCCUAUGGGCCACGAAUCGGUGCCAGUCUGCGACCCGGGGAUUAGAGACCGCAGCUGUAGUCUGACACAUAAAGUGAUCAUCACAGUCACUCCCCAGAGGUGGAGAGAGGCCCUGGGCUCUGGUCCUGGAGAUGCUAAUGAUCAGCCCCCAGCCCGGGGAAGGCGGUGGUGGAGACGAAGUGUCUGCGCAGAAAGGUCUUGCCGCGAUCGGAUCGUCUCUCGGUCCCGCGCAUCUCCGCGCGUUCAGCAGGGACCCGGCCACCGGACUUUCCCCGCAGACCCGAGCGGACCACGGGGCAGACAGCCCCCGGGCGGGGGUGGGGGGAGGCCGAGGGAGCCCAGGACUGGGCGUGCGGGCCUGCGUGUGGGUCCGCGUGGACGCGCGCACGCCCCCAGUGGCCCGAGCACGCCUGCAGCCGAGGGCCCGGGGUGGGAGCCUGGAGCCGAGGCCCGGGAUGAUUUGUCGUUGCCUAAUGAGAUUAAUGAGCCCCGGGGGCUGGUAUGCGGCGGCGCUGGGGCUCUCAUUAGACGCGGAUGCUCACGGGAACGGUGGGGGGCGGGCGGGGGGCUGCGGGUCCCCGGCCAGGUGGUUUCCAUUAAUCUGUGGGCGGGGCCGGGGCCGGAGGCCGGGCGCUGGCCUUCCCCACCCACCCCCCUACUCCCCCACUCCCUGCCCUCCCGGCUCGCGCCGCCGGAGAGGAACGCGGCGCAGAGGCUGCCCGAGGGCCCCGGCAGGGAGGCUAAUGGGUCCGGGGACAGCCCUCCUGCUCGCUGCUGUAGGCCCAAGGCCUGGCACGGGGUAUGUGCUCCAUAAAUACCUAUUGGAUGAGGUCAGAGACAAGAGGGGCCCGGGGCAUGGGGGUGGGAGGGAGCCUCGGACCGUCUGGGUUUUCCUCCUGGACCCCAGGACCUCUCCCUCCCCCCCCACCCCAUCCCCGAGACAUCCUCUGUACCUGCGGGGGUGUCGCGCCCACUCCGCAGCCAGCCCUCCCCACCCCCCCUUUCUAAGGAACCCUGAAAGUCCUGGAGGGCCCGAGGGAGCUGCUCUGCGGCCUCCAAACCUAUAAUUUGGUUUUCAAACCCACAAGCAGGGAGGUCUGUGGGGGCCAGAGGGAGCCAGCUUCGUGUGCUGCCCCACCCUGUCCGAGUGUGGGUACACACUCACACACAUACACACACGCACACUCAAAUACAUACUGUCAUACAAGCGCACACACUCAAUAGUCCAGUGAGACCUAAUUUACGUGCCAUAAAGUUCACCCAUUUAAAGGGGAGGAUCCAGUGGUUUUGAGUACACUUACAGCUGUGCACUCAUCGUCAUAAUCUAAUUUUAGAACAUUUUCAUCAUCCCCUAGAGCAACCUUGAAUCAUUAGCAAUCACUGCCCCCAUCCUCCACCCGCUGUAUUUCCCAGCCCUGAGCAAACGCUGGGCUUCCCAGGUGGCUCAGUGGUAAAGAACCCGCCUGCUAAUGCAGGAGACUCUGGUUGGAUCCCUGGGUCAGGAAGAUCCCCUGGAGAAGGAAAUGGCAACCCACUCCAGUAUUCUUG